UUACCUCUGUAUCUGUCUAAUCGUGGAUUGGAGGGUUUUGUUUUUCUUGUUUUGUUUUGCUUUCUUUUGAUUUUUAGCUGAGUUCUUCCCUCUGAGUCUAACGCGCACUGGCAUUUUACGGGUGUAUGUCAAAGGGGGCUGAAUGAUCGAAGCCCGGGUCUUGAUUUCAUCAUUCUCUCCUGCUCCCGUGUCUGUCAGAUGUUUUUUCUCUUACUCUCUCCCUUCCACCCAAGUGCCAGGUCAUCAGCUUACGUUGCCACCUCGUUACAGGUGGUGGUCCUUACGAACACUCCUUUGGAGUACCAGCUACAGGUGGGUGAGGUCUGUCACAGCCGUGGAAUCAAGCUGGUGGUGGCAGAUACUCGGGGCUUGUUUGGGCAGCUGUUCUGUGACUUUGGAGAGGAAAUGAUUGUCAGAGAUUCCACUGGGGAAGAGCCACUGAGCGCUGUGAUUUCCGUGGUCACCAAGGACUGCCCUGGAGUUGUCACCUGCCUGGAGGAAGCCCAGCAUGGGUUUGAGAGCGGCGAUUUUGUCUCCUUCUCGCAAGUCCAGGGCAUGAGUGAACUCAAUGACAUGCGGCCCAUAGAGAUCCAAGUCCUAGGUAUACCAGGGCUGGGGGUGGUGAGAAAUGGUUGGCCAGAGCAGACGGAAAGUGAUUGGUGGGUGAGGCUUGUCCCAGGUGCGCAUUUCUGUGGUCUGAGCCGAAUUGGAGGCCAGAAGAGAGGUGGGACUGCAAUCUGAGCUGGGGUGCAGGAGAGACGGGCACGGGGUCUGACUGCAAAUACGUUGCCCAGAAAGAUGAAGGAAGAAGAACUUUAUGGUACUAGUGUUUUCCAUUUCCUUUGGGAAAAAGAAAA